UCUUUGAAAAUUGGGAACCUACGGGUUUUUAAGAUUUUCAAUACCCAUGUUUCCCGAAGCGACACUUUGUUUCACUCCUUUCAUUUAUACUCUAAGCGCGAUUGCUAUAAUAUAUACUUCCUUGACCACUUUAAGACAGAUCGAUCUUAAGAAGAUCAUUGCCUACUCCUCAGUAGCCCAUAUGAAUUUGGUGACUAUUGGUAUGUUUAGUCGGAACAUACAGGGAAUUGGAGGUAGCAUUUUACUUAUGUUAAGUCAUGGACUGGUUUCUUCAGCCCUUUUUCUAUGUGUUGGUGUUCUAUAUGACCGACAUAAGACUCGACUUGUUAGAUAUUAUGGAGGUUUAGUGAGCACCAUGCCGAAUUUCUCUACCAUUUUCUUCUUUUUCACUUUAGCCAAUAUGAGUUUACCCGGCACUAGCAGCUUUAUCGGGGAAUUUCUAAUCUUAGUAGGAGCUUUCCAAAGAAAUAGCUUAGUAGCCACAUUAGCUGCGCUUGGGAUGAUUUUAGGCGCGGCGUAUUCCCUUUGGCUAUAUAAUCGUGUGGUUUCUGGAAAUUUAAAACCCGAUUUCCUCUAUAAAUUCUCCGAUCUAAAUGGCAGAGAAGUUUCCAUAUUUCUACCUUUUCUUGUUGGAGUUGUUCGGAUGGGUGUUCACCCCAAAGUGUUCCCGGACUGCAUGCAUACAUCCGUAAGUAACUUAGUGCAACAUGGCAAAUUUCAUUGAGAGGAAUCAGCAAA